AAUUGAAACCACAAACCUCGCAAUGCAGUUCACAAUUCGGCGUUCACUUGAUCCGGUCGAUCUCCGAUCAUUUCCACAAGCAGAACCCUCAAUCUUCUUCUACAAGCAUUAACACUAGGCACCCACAAAGUUUGGGGUAGGAAUAUCAGCAUAGCCCGCAUAGCUUUGGUUAUUUGGUUACGGCUAAGAUGAGAGCUAGUGAUAGUACCAAAAGAAUCUGCUCUAGAAAAUCGGAGUCUAGCUUGGGAGCAGUACCGGCGGCUGAACUGGUGAAUAUUGAACUUGAUGAUCUCCCGGAUGUUGUGUUGGUUGAAAUUCUUUGCCGGCUUCCAUGCUAUAAGUUUGUUUUGAAAUGCAAGUCAGUGUCCAAGCGUUGGUUCAAUGUCAUGUCCGGUCCUUAUUUUCUUGGCCGCUUUCUCUGUCUCCAGAGUGAUCGUGAUGAGACACCGAUUAUUCGCUCUCUGAUAACCGACACAGGGCAGGAGUUCCUUAAUAGAAUGGCCACGACCACCAAGCCACUAGGUCCAUUGUUUGAAAAACUCAUGAGUGUCCAGCAAUUGGAAAAGGAACCGAUUGUUGUAGCUACGUAUAAUGACUUAGUUCUCUGCUCUACAACGGGCUUUUAUCAGCGUGAUUACUACAUCUGCAAUCCGUGCACAAUUCAGUGGGUUGCUGUUCCUCCCCCUCCUAGAGUUUACAAAUAUACACCAGUGGGAUUAAUUUGUGAUCUUCCCUACUUUAACUGUACGAAAGAUGACCAGGGAGGAAGUGUCAUUCAAGUUAAUGCUGAGUUUAGGUGCAGGAUAGUGAGAAUAGUUCUUCCUGAAAAUGAAUCUGUCACCGAACUCGAAGUUCAAAUUUUCGCCUCUGAUACCAGUCAAUGGAUAACGUCAACUAUAUCAAUACCAUCAGGUGUUAUAUGUGACACCGUCCCUAUAGAAAGGAGCUUCACUUACAAUGGCAUGCUGUAUUUUGUGGGUGACGAACCUGGUGAUCAAAACUUUCUUUUGGGGUUGGACCCAUUCUUGAUCAACAAUAGUAUAAUUGAGCGCUAUCAGUUCAUUCGAUUUGAUGAUCCAGAAGAGUCUUUUGUACUUCGGUACUUUGGUGAAUACAGAGGGUGCCUGCACAUGUGCGACUAUGAUCAUUAUAAGUUUUUUGUUCGGGAGUUGAAAGCAGAAGAACUGUGUGGAGGAGCUGGCAAAUUAAGUGUGGAAGGUAUACAGGAUUAUACACUGGACAUAGGCAAUGUUCCGCCUUAUUGUGGUCAGUUUGUUAGUUUACUAUUUUUGGAUCCCAAUAAUGAGCAUGUUAUAUAUCUGCACAUAUGCAAUGACAUUGUCAGGUAUGACCUUCAAACAAGAGAAUGGUCAAAGCUUGCUGGAAAUAUUCCCUCUCAUGAUCAAUUUCUGUUUGUGGUCCCAUGGUGGCCAACGCCAGUGCCUAGGCUAUUACAACACGCCCAACCUACGGGAAUAAACUUCUAAGCUCCAUGUGGAGGUAUACUGUGGAAUAUGGGUCAAGGAGGAGAUUGGGUGGAAAGCAAUGAGGUGACAGUCGUUUAGUUCCCUGAAGAGAAUGUCGAGUCUGCUUGCAGCUGCGAGAAAGCCGAUGACUCAGAAAAGUGGCUAACUUUUGGGUUUGGUGCCGUUACUAGUCAGGCCGAUACUAUCUUGGCACAGUUUGUUCUGUUCUUUUUGAGUUCUGAUAUUGGCAAGACACUCAGUUUCUAAGUUCUACCUAGCUACUGGUACGUAUGCUCUCUCCCAAUUAAGUACUGUAUGCAAAAUUUUAAUGUAAUGGGUUGCUUUUUAAAUUGUAUUUGCUUGCACUCUCUUGCAUCAUUGUUAAGAAUUUCUGGGAAGGAAUGAAACUUUAAAUUAGGUCUAGCAUCUCUGUAUUGUAGCACUAUAAUCAAACAUGACUUCCACAGUUUAUUAGG